GGUUAUUUCUAAAUGAGAGGAGCUGAUGGCCAGACAUCAUUAUCUUUCAGACAACUUUGCCUAGCAACUGCCGGAAUAUAGGGAUAUUAAACAAAUUUAACAGAAGACUUGCUGAAGCAGGGUUAAGGGACCUGAACUUGACUGCUACUCUAGUUCAUUCUUUCUCCAAAAAAAAAAAAAAAAAGGAAGAAAAAUGUCUGCAAGUAAAAUAGCUUUAAAUGUAUAUCCAGAAUUUUAACUCUUUAAAAAAAAAAAAAAUCUAUGUCUAUGUGCUUGGAUUUAGCCAUGCCCCGGCUUUUAACUGCAGUAAAACGCAGGUAAAAUGCCUUGCAGGAAAAAAAAAAAAGAAAGAAAAAGAAACAACCAACCCUCGUACUAAUAUUUCAAUAAACAGGAAGUCUAAAAGCGGCAUUUUAUUGCUGUUAAAAGUGCUUAAGGCCUGGCUUUUGAAAUGAUUUUGCUAAAUCUGUGGACAGGUUAUUUAUUUGAAAGUAAAAAUUUGAACACGAUCCAGGCUACAGAGGUUGCAGUGGAUAAGAAGUUAAAAAGCUUUGGUUCGAGAUUACAGGAGGCUGCAAGAGAAAUUAAAGACAUGGAAAUGAGGAUCGAGUGACAGGAUGCUAUUUUGCCUCAGAAUACUGAAGAUUGUAAAGCAUUGAGAAAUCGAAUUCAUGACCCUGGAAAUCAAGCUCAGAUUAAGAAAUGUCAGGCAUUCGACCUCCGAUCAUGAAUGGGCCCAUGCACCCGCGCCCUUUGGUAGCGUUGCUGGAUGGCAGGGAUUGCACAGUAGAAAUGCCUAUUUUGAAGGAUGUUGCCACAGUGGCAUUUUGUGACGCUCAGUCCACGCAAGAAAUUCAUGAAAAGGUACUAAAUGAAGCUGUGGGUGCACUGAUGUAUCACACUAUCACUUUAACACGAGAAGACCUGGAGAAAUUCAAAGCACUUCGAAUAAUUGUCCGAAUCGGCAGUGGUUUUGAUAACAUUGACAUCAAAUCUGCUGGGGAUUUAGGGAUUGCAGUAUGUAAUGUGCCAGCAGCAUCCGUAGAGGAAACAGCAGAUUCGACAAUGUGCCACAUUCUGAACCUUUACCGGCGAACCACCUGGCUUCACCAGGCUUUGCGAGAAGGCACAAGAGUACAGAGCGUUGAGCAGAUUCGGGAAGUUGCUUCAGGAGCAGCCAGGAUUCGAGGGGAGACCUUAGGCAUUAUUGGUUUAGGACGUGUUGGACAAGCAGUGGCGUUACGUGCAAAAGCCUUUGGCUUUAGUGUCAUUUUUUAUGACCCAUACCUCUCAGAUGGCAUUGAACGUGCUCUUGGACUGCAGCGGGUGAGCACUUUACAGGAUCUGCUAUUUCACAGUGACUGUGUAACCCUACACUGCAACUUGAAUGAACACAAUCAUCAUCUUAUUAAUGACUUCACCAUAAAACAGAUGAGACAAGGGGCUUUCCUGGUCAACACAGCUCGAGGUGGGUUAGUAGACGAAAAAGCACUUGCACAGGCCCUGAAGGAAGGAAGGAUACGAGGGGCAGCCUUAGAUGUACAUGAGUCAGAACCAUUCAGCUUUAGUCAGGGUCCAUUGAAGGAUGCACCAAACCUGAUCUGUACCCCACAUGCAGCCUGGUACAGUGAACAAGCCUCUAUCGAGAUGCGGGAGGAAGCAGCACGAGAGAUCCGGAGGGCUAUCACAGGUCGUAUUCCAGACAGCCUGAAAAACUGUGUUAACAAAGAUCAUUUGACUGCAGCUACACAUUGGGCCAGCAUGGAUCCAGGAGUUGUUCAUCCAGAGCUUAAUGGUGCUGCGUACAGCAGGUAUCCUCCUGGUGUUGUAAGCGUGGCUCCCACUGGCAUACCUACCGCAGUAGAAGGAAUAGUCCCUAACCCCAUGUCUUUAUCACACGGCCUCCCUGCUGUUGCUCACCCGCCCCAUGCUCCUUCCCCCGGCCAAACAGUCAAACCAGAAGCUGAUAGAGACCACCCAAGUGACCAAUUGUAGCCUAAGAAAACAGCAUUCCCAGCAUUGGAGAUUUCAACUUCAGAGAGAGCGUGUGGAAAAAAUCUGGAUUUUGAAUAAAGGCAAAAAACCAUGAACUUACAGGAGGAGACGAUUAUUGUUUUAGAAACUGGUCCAAUAUACAGUAUAAAAGGAAAAGGUGGGAGUCAAAAACGAAGAUUUGGAAACUUUUUUUCCUCCGUAUAAAUUGUAGUUUGUCCCUGUCCAGUGGACUGAUUCACUGUUUCUGUGUCCUAUGGGUUCUUUGUUAAGCAAGAAAAGUUAGUAGUUAAUUAUAUCAUGAAUGUACUUGUCUGUGUACAGUUUUUAGAACAUUAAAAAGGGUUUGUUUGCUUAGCUGUCAACAAGAAAAAAAACCAUAAGGGAGGCAUUCAGCAAACCAAUUUUGAGAUUAAAAAUCCUUUCUUUUAUAUGUUAAAACAUGCCCAAAAAUGAGGCAGUUGGCAAACUUCUCAGGACAAUAAAUUUUGCCCAUUUUUCUUUCUACACCACACAGUGCAUUGUUUUUUCUACCUGCUUGUCUUAUUUUUUAGAAUAAUUUAGUAAACAAAAGAGAAACAGUUUCUCCUAAUUUUGGCAUAAAUUCCCUUAUUUCAAAAUGAAGACAACAUUGCAAAGAGAUUUUGAGGAAAAUAAAGGUUUUGUAUAAACGAGCAUUGUGCUUUUUGUCACCAGUUAAAGUAUAUAUUAUUGGUGGUAUGCGAAAAAGGCACUAGACUACUGAAAAGUAGCAGCAUUUCAUUGCCUACAUUGAUUCCUUCCUGGUAAUGUGGUAGGCUAGCAAUAUUUUUGGUUAAAAUCAUGUUUGUGACUGUAACCAUUUGUAUGGAUUAUUUUAAAGAAAUAAAAAUCCCAGACAAAGA